CGUUCGCCACCUCCUCUCCGCCCCUCCAGCUCCGCGAAACCGCCGCCGGCAACACUCUCCGACGCCACCUUUGGACUCUGAUCUUCAUUCCGAGCUCGAGCACGAGCGUUAUCUCGACUUGCCUUCACCGUCCGAUCAACAAGGUAAAUUAAAACUGAAGAACUAUUUCCUUGUUUUUUUCAAGUAAGAUUAUUUGAAUAUAUAUGUAUAUUUGUGUAUGUCUGUCUUUGUCCUAAUCGUCUGCGUGGUAUAGCUGUUGUGUAGCCAAUUAAAUUUUUUUUUGCAUCUCUGUAUGUAUGUAUCCGUGCAUGCAUAUGCAGUAUCCUCAUUAUUUUGUUAUAUUUAUGAUUUCUUCUUCUUAAAUCUGAACCUUGGCUUUGACACAGUCGUUUAAGUUUCAAUCUUAGCUUUUACUUUAUCCGAGUCUUAGUUUUUUAUGCUCGAUGUGCUUGUAUCUGGGUCUAAGGUGUGAAGAUUUGGUUUUAUUGACCGAAAAACUGGAAAGAAAUCAACAAUGCAAGGACUUGGUAUGGAGAGAACGCGAGGAUGGAUUUUCCAAUGAUAUGUAUGGAUUAGCAUGUGUUGUUUUUAUUAAUGAAUCUUGAGUUUGUAGUUUGUAUAAAGAGGCGAAUUUUGAUUGUUAGUGUUCUUUUAUCUUGUUUGUGCUUUCUGUUGAAGGACAGAGUAGUGUAACAUGGUCCAAUGCUAAUUUUAUCUCUUGGGUCACAUUCUAUAAUUUUGAAAGCGAAAAUUAUUGGUAUGGUUUCCAUGGCUUUGGCGGUCCAUAAUUAUUCUAAGUGCAUGCCGUCUUCGGUCUUUCUUUCUCCUUAGAAGUUAGACAGAUGUGCCAAUUUUCGUAAAAUUACUUCCUACUGAAUUGUUUGUGUAUUUUUUUUUUUGGAUUGUGAAAGAGGAAUGUAGGGUUAGUUGGCAUAAUGCGGAAGUCAGGAUGGUAUUGGAAAACUUACUUCUGUAAAUGUAUGCAUGAAUCUUGAAUUUUACAUACCUGUCUUAGAAAUGGUUGGUGAUCUAGUGAGCAUGAGCUUUGGCCACUUCGUGCUUUUAAGUAUUGCAUUUGCCUUUUGGGUGUAAAGCUAGCUCAAAUGGCUUUUUUGCCUCACUUUUGAAAGGAUAGAAAUGCCAAAUGUUGAAGGGUUGCUUUUGUGCUAGUGCAACCUUAGCAUCUCUUGAGUUUAAACCACAAAAACAUUUUUCAGACCUUAUUGUGACAGUUUGGCCUUCUAAUUAGAAGCAGCAUUUCUUAGAUUCAUUAGUAGUGUUGCAUAUCUUGCCUCAUUAAAGAUAUUUAUAUUUUAUGUUUUCCCUAGAUCAUGAAUAAUGUUAAGAAGGUGAAUGGAGUAAUAAGGUAUCAAUUAUUGGCAAGGACCUCAUUAAUAGAAUCUAUUGUAGAACCUUUUUAAUGCUCAAUUGUACUUUUUAUCGAAAAAUAAAAAGUUAAAAGAUAAAAAUGCACAAUUAUGCUUUAACACAAUAGUGAGCAGAAUAAUGGGGGUGCAUAGCUUUUAGUUUUCGUGAAUUUCUCUUUACUUAUAUCAAGUUUGCAGGAACAAAUAUAGUUUUCCAAGUUUCAUCUAUCAAAGAGACAAGUAAGAUUUUCCUUUCCUCACUUUGCUGUUUCUUUAUUUUCUUGUCAAAGAGAAUCAGAAUGGAUGAUAUCUUAUUUGUUUGGGAAACCAUUUCAAUUAGUCUGAUGCAAAACUAUUUCGUAUCUCUUUGUUUGCAUGUGUAGAUUUGGAUAAUGGUGAAAUUUUGGAGAAUUCUGGCGGUUAUCAUUAUGUUCCCUUUUCAUAUGGAAAUCCCAUUGAAUCUACAGUUGAAAAGAGUGAUGAUGCUGAGUGUGGUUUUCGCCCAUCUUUCUAUGUCCCUGAAGAUUUACUUCAACACCUAUUUCAGAUGCUCGGGGCAUGCAUGGAGUUCUUGUGACCUAAGGUUGCCAUUGACAGGCACCUGGUUUCCUUUUGAUGUCAUGACAAAGUGGCUGUGCAGGUGGGAUUAGAGUGAUAGAAAUCCGCUACUUUUUCUGGAACUGAGUCACCCUAGAGAAAAUUGGGUUGAUAUAUAUCUGCAUGGAGUUCUAUUUCUUGAUCUUUAUGUUUAUCCAUAUAUAUGUGAGAUUUUGUGAUUUUUAGUAAGAUUUCUGUACCUUUUGUCUUCUGCAAGUACCAAAUUUCACAAUGAUAAGACUCUUUUUUUUGUUUUUUGUUUUUUUUUUCAGCCUCCAACAGAGAAGUUACAUCAGAUUAUUGCAAGGACCGCAAUGUUUGUGAGCAAACAUGGUGGGCAGUCGGAAAUUGUUUUGAGGGUGAAACAGGGAGACAACCCAACAUUUGGUUUCUUGAUGCCUGAUCAUCAGCUUCAUCCAUACUUCAGGUUUCUUGUUGAUCACCAAGAGCUUCUGAAGUCUGAUGGUGAUGGCGCAUCUCUAGAGGAAGAGAACAAAGCGGGUGGUGGAGCAUUGUCUUUGCUUGGAUCUGUGUAUGGAUCUGGUGAAGAUGAGGACGGUCAAACUGAAGAUGCCAGUGAACUUAAAAGAGAUGCAAGUGGGGGGGCUGUUGAUACUGUUUCUGUUACUGCUGCUCAUGAACCAGAACAGAGAGAAUCUUCUUCUUCUGUGGAUGUUACUGGAAAGGACGAUGCGGUUUUGAAGAAUCAUCCUCCUUUGAAAGAUAAGGCUCAUUUCAUCAAAAGAAACCGAUCAAUUAGUGCAGUUAAAUCUGGGAGCACUAGUGGGAUGAAGAAAGAAGGUGAUGCAGUUGGUUUACAUUUGUCUGCGGCAGAUAAUAUACAAGGUUCUGGCUCACCUUUGAAGGUUGACGUACAUAUUUUGGAGCCGCCAUCUGAAAUGAAGAGAGUGGUUGAUAAAAUUGUUGAGUUCAUUAUGAAAAAUGGGAGAGAAUUUGAGGCAAUUCUUGUUCAGCAGGAUAUUGAACAUGGGAGAUUCCCGUUUCUUCUGCCAUCCAACCAAUAUCACCCUUACUAUCUAAAAGUUUUGCAAAAGUCUCAAGAGUCAAGGUUACCCGGCAAGGGGAUUGUUUCUGGGAAGCGUGAGUCCAUGCGUCAUGGGGGAGAGAAGAAAACUGCUAUGAUGAAAGAAAGUGAUCCUCUGUCCAUAGGAUCUGAUAUACCAUAUGAUUCUGACAGGAAAGAGAAGUUUAAGAUGGUAAUUGGCAAGUCCAAGAAGGAUGGACAGGAUGCACCUUCUAAAGCCACCGAGCCGGCACAAGGAGUUAGUGUGGAUGCAGCUGCAGCAGCUGCUAUUCUUCGGGCUGCCACAAAAGGUAUUAAGUAUCCAGAUUUAGGUAUCUUAUCAAAAAAUGCACUUAAUGGUAUUAGUCAAGGCCCCAGCAGUGAGGGUGGGGAGGUGUCUAUCCAAGAGCUGGGCCAGGAUGGGGAAUCUAGUGUUUCUGUCCCUGUAGCUAAGGCCAUUGCCAAGACAGUAGCUGUUGCUGCUGCUAGUGAGGCGGACUCUUCUGAAGCAAAUUUAACUAAAGAGCAGAAAUUGAAGGCUGAGAGAUUGAAACGUGCUAAGAUGUUUUCAGCUAUGAUAAAAAGUGGAGCUGCAACAUCAAAACCUGAACAAUUGCGCGGCUUGUCUGUGGAACCAUUAGAAUCAGGCGCAUCUGGCUCACUUGCCGAGGUUGUAAAUUUUGCUGGCAAAGAGAGAGAAGCUAGUACAGUUCCGUUAUAUGUUGAGACUAACAACAAAGUGGACUUGUUUGAAAAGGACUCUACUGAUUGUAAUGAACGACGCUCAAAGAGGAGCUACCGUUCAAGAUCUAAAAUACAUGACGAUGAGGAAGAAGGGGAGACAAAAGAAGAGGAAAGAGAAGAGGAAGAAGAGACCGGAGGACGGGAUCGCAAGCGCUCUGGGAAGAAACGACGAUCCCAUCGUUCCUCGCAUCGCAGUAGGGACAGGCAUAAGCAUAGGAAGAGACAUUCCUCCAAGGAUAGGCAUUCUCGUCAUCGGCACAAGCAUGACAGCAGCUCUGAGGACGAGCUUCGGCAUUCUCGACGUCACAAGCGCUGUGAUAAUAGUUCAUCAGAAGAUGAGCAUUGGCGUUCGAAGCAUCACCACAAGUGCACCAUCUCAUCUGGUGACGAGGAUCGAAAGCAAAGCGGAUCUAUUAAUAAGAAUGGGAAGAAAUCUAAACUUGAAGGAGAAGUGGAACUGGAGGAAGGAGAGAUCUAUACAAAAUCUGAUCAAUCAAAAGCCAGUGAGGGUGGUAAUGCAAGUAGGGAAGCUUCAGUCGAUAUAUCGAAAAUGUAUCAAGAUGUACGGAGGACACCAUCUCAGCCCUCCAGAACUCCUGAACCCUCCGAUGAACUUAGGGCAAAAAUCCGGGCCAUGCUUAUGGCAACCUUGUAAACAGUAUCAGAAAACUUGGUUCUUUUUUCUUUUUGGUAAUGUUAAGUCAUGACAAUAAUAAUAUUGUCCAAAUGAUCCCGUAUGUCCAGCUUAUGCAUUCAAAUUUAAUAUGGUAAUGAUUGUUUUUCCA